AUGAGUGCACGUGAUGUAAAGGGCCUAACGCGUAAAGCGUCAGGAAAGUUUGUAUUUGAUGCUAAGACUGCAAAGGGAACAGAGGUAUGGUGUGAUUCUGCACCAUCAGUUAAAGAUGACCCCGAUUCAUUAUUUGCUAAAUGUGUUGUCCUAGCUGAUUCAACAGCCUCACUUCUGAAGUUGAAAGAAUCUGAUAGUAGUGUAAUAUUUGAAGCAAAACCAGAUACAUGUUAUUUAGCAAAUGAACCCUUCGAUCCGAAUUCUUAUUCAGAUAUUGGGCUGGUACCGUAUACUUCUAUUCCAUGUGUAUUAGAUUUCUUGAAACAGCGAUAUAUGGUGAAUCAGAUAUAUACUACUGCGGAUCCAUUAUUAGUUGCUAUUAAUCCUUUUAAGGACGUAGGACUAGUUACUAAUGAAAAAGUCCUACAAUAUCGUGAUAUAGAUGAUGUUUCAAAGUUACCACCUCAUGUUUUUGCCAUUGCAAAGAGAGCACUUGACAAUCUUGUCACUGUAGCAAGAUGUCAAUCAAUUUUAGUUUGUGGUGAAUCAGGUGCAGGUAAAACAGAAGCUACAAAACAUAUUAUGAAAUUUUUUGCAUCUUCAAAGAGUGGAAACUUGGAUUUGAAGAUACAGAAUGCCAUUAUGGCUGCAAAUCCAGUACUUGAAGCAUUUGGCAAUGCAAAGACAAUUCGUAAUAAUAACUCUUCUCGUUUUGGACGUUUUAUGCAGUUACAACUGGGAAGGAUGGGAGGUAUUGAAUAUGGUACUGUUCUGAACUUUUUGCUUGAAAAGUCCCGUGUAGUUACCCAGGAGGAGUCUGAAAGAAGUUAUCACAUAUUUUACCAGAUCUUGAAAGGAGCUGAUGCAGUUCCAGGUUUGAAAGAGAAACUUAAAUUAAAAGGUUUGACAGAAUACAAGUUUAUCAAUCCCAAGUGCCUAGAUGUAGAUAAUAUAGAUGAUGUUAGUGAUUUCAAAGAUGUCAUUACGAGUUUUAAAACAAUGGGAUUAUCGGAGUCUCAGAUUGAAGAUAUACUAUCUGUAGUCUCUGGUGUCAUGCUCCUUGGUAAUGUCGAGAUAGAAUCAGAAGAUGUAGGAGGUGGAGUUGAAGGAGCCAAAAUUGGUGAGUCUAGUAAAGAAAUAUUUAAUGAUGCCAUGGAACUUUGUAAAUUAGAUCCUGCAAGCAUUGAGAAAGAACUCAUUGUCAAGAUUACUACUGCUGGUAAAAAUAUAAUUGAAGGUCGAUUUAGGGCAGAUGAAUCUCGUAUGCUUAAGGAUUCUUUAGCAAAAGGUUUGUAUGAUAAGUUAUUUGACUAUAUUAUAUUAAACCUAAAUAAGACUAUUAUGCCACCACAAGGUUUCAAUAUUUUCUGUGGAAUGCUCGAUAUUUUUGGUUUUGAAGUAUUUAAAAAUAAUUCUUUAGAACAGUUCUUUAUUAAUGUUACUAAUGAAUAUCUUCAAAAGAAUUUUACAGAUGUAGUGUUUGAGAAGGAACAGAAGUUAUACAAUGAUGAAGGUAUAUCAACUGCAAAUAUUGAGUUCAAAUCAAACAAACAGGUAUUAGAAGUUUUGUGUGAUAAGAAAAACUCAAUUCUGUCAGCUCUUGAGGAUCAAUGUUUAGUUCCAAAUGGUAGUGAUGAGAAGUUUUUGUCAGCUGCCUAUUCAAAUUUAAAGAAUAAUGACUCUCUAAAGCCAGCAAAGAUUAGUGGAGAAAAGAAUUUCAUAGUAUCUCAUACUAUUGGAGAUAUCCAAUAUUGUGCAGAAGGUUUCUUAUUUAAAAAUAAGGAUGUUUUAAGAGCUGAACUGGUAGAAGUUGUCCAGAAAUCUCCAAACCAACUUGUGGCCGAUUUAUUCAAAGGUAUAGUUGUUGAAAGAGGCAAAAUUGCUAAAGGUCAGCUAAUAGGUAAUCAAUUUAUGAAUUCUUUGAAUUCCCUUAUGGAAAUUGUAGACCAGACAGAGCCUCAUUUUAUACGUUGUGUUAAGCCUAACGAAUCUAAGAAACCACUGGAUUGGGUUGCAUCUAAGGUUCUAAUACAACUCCAUUCAUUAUCUAUUUUAGAGGCAUUACAGUUGAGGAAUCUUGGUUAUUCAUACCGUCGUCUCUUCAGUGAGUUUAUCUACCAAUUCAAAUACUGCGACUUAAGUAUUGCAAAUGAUAAAGAAACAGAUCCUAGUAUCUUAGCUCAGAGGAUGCUUGAAAUCUGUGAAAUUCCCAAAAAAGAGUGGGCAGUAGGUAAAACUAUGGUUUUCUUAACAAAGAAUGCUGCUAAAACUAUGGCUCAUAAACAGAGAGAAAAACUUGCAGCAUUCGAACCUUUAGUUCAACUACUUGAAGCUGUCUACUUAAGAUAUAAACUCCGCAAGAACUUUAUUAAAUAUCAAUUAAAACCACUAACUAGGAUUCAAGCUCAACUUAGAAGAGUUCUAGAUAUCGAGAUUGCAGUAAACUAA